GACAAGCUGAUCUCCACAAACUCAGUUCCUGUAAAACUCUCCGAGGUUGUUCUUCCCUUAAUGGUGACUUACUGACCCAUUUGGACGCACACCUGCACACACACAGAAGGGGACUGAACUCAUUCUUUGCUUUGCUCCCGUACCUUUGCCAAUCCAGCAAUUUGGGCGAGAGCAUCCGAGACUGUUUCGUAAGCUGAAGAAAGCAGAUGAGCUCCCAACCCUCCGGGUAAAGCAGCAGCAGCAGCCUGGAAGGCUGUUGUAGAAGUCAGAAGGAUUUGCAGGUGUAGGAGAUACAGUAUGUCCUGCGAGCAGAGCUGGAAGGGGAGAGAUUCACAUGCUGAUGGUCAAGACCCUGGAGGACCUGAACUGAGAAUUGUGCUUGUUGGUAAAACUGGAGCUGGGAAAAGUGCGACAGGAAACACCAUCCUUGGCGAGAGAAAGUUUGAGUCCAAGCUGAGUGCAAAGUCAGUAACUGAGACUUGUGCUAAAGGGAGGGUAACAUGGGAUGGGAGGGAGGUUGUGGUUAUCGAUACGCCCAAUAUUUCUGAUACAAAGGCCCCUGAUGAAGCACGUACCUGUGAGAUCGCUCACUGUAUCAUGCUCUCCUACCCAGGCCCCCAUGCUCUGGUGCUGAUUAUACAGCUGGGCUGUUACACUGAGGAGGAUAAGGCAGCAGUCAGACGAAUACGGGAGAUUUUUGGAGUUGAGGCUCUGAGGUACAUGAUCGUCUUAUUCACCCGGAAAGAAGACUUAGAAGGUGACUCACUGAACGAUUAUAUAAGAGACUUGGACAACAAAUAUAUUCGGGAGUUGAUUACAGAUUGUGGGGACCGAUGCUGCGCUUUCAACAAUAAAGCAACUGGCACAGAAAGGGAUGAGCAGAUUAAUGAACUGAGGAAAGUGAUUGAGGAAAUUGUGGAGGUGAAUGGAGGCCAAUGUUACAGCAAUGAGAUGUAUAAAUAUGCCAAAGAGAAGAUUGAACAACAAGAGAGGGAACUUGAGAAAAAGUACAGAGAACUAGAAGAAGAAAAGGUAAAAGAUAUAAUACAUCACUUCAAGGAGAAAUAUAAAAAUAUAAAGGAAGGCUUAAACUCAAGGCCAGAGGAAGUAAAGGAAAUACAUCUAGAACUAGGCGAGACUGUAUAUCGAGCAUUAGAAACGCUGUCAGAAGCUCAGAAAGCCACAGAGGCAGAACAGGAAGAAAACCUGCUGAAAGAAAUACAGAAAUACUACAAGGAAAAGUUCCCCUGUAGUGAGGUGCCCUGGGUCCCAACUGCGCCUGAGAGGGUCAAGCCAGGCCAGACGCUGGAGUGGGCGGAGCCACAACCGCCUGUUCCCGCCCCCCGGAAGUCAAGGGGCGGGACAGGAAGUAUAAAAGCCCGGCCCCAGCACUCAGUUGACCGCUGGCCGCCAGAGAAACCAGACGCUAGUGUCCGAGCUCCCGCUGGGCCGAGCCUUCCCCAAGCCCGCUACCCUGAGGAGGACUGGCCGGGCCUUCCCCGAGCCCCGUAUCCUAAGGAGCUGCCUGAGCUUCCCCGAACCCAGUAUCCUGAGGAGCAGCCCGGCCUACCCACCACUCAGUACCCUGAGGAGCCCAUGGUGUCGGACGCUGCGGAAGACGCCGCCGAGACACAGCUAAAAAGGAAAGGAAGAGAAAAUGAAGAAACUGCUGAAGGUGCUCAAGAAAGCAGCCACAUUAAAUUAAAAUUCAUCCUUGUUGGUAAGGCAGGAGCUGGGAAAAGUGCAACGGGAAACACCAUCCUUGGCAACAACGUGUUUGAGUCCAAACUGGGGCCAAAGCCAGUAACCAAGACUUGCAGUACAGGGAGCAUGACCUGGAAUGGGAAGCAGGUUGUGGUUAUCGAUACGCCUGACGUAUUUUCUCCAGAGGCCAGUGACACAGAAACCUGUCAAGAGAUCAGUCACUGUAUCGCACUCUCUGCCCCAGGCCCCCAUGCUCUGGUGCUGGUGACUCAGCUGGGCCGUUACACUGAAGAAGACAAGGACGCAGUGAAGCGAGUAUGGGAGAUUUUUGGAGUUGAAGCGAAGAGGAACAUGAUUGUCCUGUUCACCCGGAAAGAAGAUUUAGGGGGUGACUCACUGAAGGACUAUGUGAGAAACUCACAUAACAAAAAUCUUAAGAAGCUGAUUCAAAAGUGUAAGAACCGAUACUGCGCUUUCAACAACAAAGCAACUGGAGCAGAGAGGGCCAAGCAGGUUAACGAGCUGAUGGAAAUAACUGAGAGAAUGGUGGAGGCGAAUGGAGGCCAAUGCUACACCAAUGAGCUGUAUGGAGGUGGUGUAUGGUGGAUGGAGAAACUGAAGAAAAGUACAUGAAGAUUGAAGAAAAACUGAGAGAGUACAUGGCAAAACAAAAGACACCCAAGAAAGAGGCUAUGACUACUAGACUACAAAACAUGUUUAGGAGACACUCUGGCUGUAAGAGUAAUGAUCAAGGCCCAGCAGCUCCCACCUUCCACUGAUCUAUGGAGGAAGGGGCCUGUACCAUUGGGGCAGCCCCCAGGACAAGGUGUAAAAGGCUUAUCCCACUGGGAGCAACUGUAGCCAUCAUCAGCCAACAGCAGGGAGGCAGGGGCCAGAAUCUUCACAACCUGCCAUGUUAUAACGAACCUUUUGGAUUUCCCAUUUUAGACUCUAAAUCCUACUUCAACCAUUAUGUAUGAACAACCCACCCCACUGCCAUUAAUGCCACCUGCCCUGCAAUAUCUCUGCACCCCACCACGGACUCUAUCCUUCUUCCCUACCUCUUUCCCUUGUUUUCCUCCUUAAUUUGUUCCCAUAUGCCCAUCCUUUCCCCUUUACCUCUGCUACACCCUCACAUGCCCUCUACCCCCUCCCCCAAAAGUUAUUUGUUGUAUGUAGGUAUAGUUUGCAAACAUCAGAAUAUGAUCAUAUUAAUGCUAAUACACUGUUCUGUGUAUAUUUAUUUGUAUUUCAUUAGCAUGUAAGGGCUCCAACCAAGCAUUGGGACCUUAUUGUGAUGAUGCUCUGCAAACAUGCAGUAAGAAGGCAGUCCCUGCCCCUACAGCCAUACAUGUGUCAUUUUAGUUUGUAAGAUAUACAAGCUCAUGGGGGUUAUCCACAGUUAGCUGGGAGAAGAUUGUGGUCUAUCUGUUCAGUGAAGGGUAAGUGACAGUACAGGGUGAGAUGACUUGUGUGCAUAAGGGUGGAAGGGUUUUAACACUUAGCAGCUGUGAUGUUCUUUCUGUGGAGUAAGCGAAGUGUGAGUGCCGGGAAGUUGUAUGUAGCUCCUGGUCAGUACAGGGGAAAAGCAGCAUGCAAAUAUGUGUUGAGUAUAUGGGGCAUCACUCACAGAGGGGAGAGUUAAGGUUGCAUGAUUGUGUAUCCUGCAUGUGCAUGUAACUCUAUUUCCUGGAUUUCAUAAGCUUGAGUUAUGCUAAACUCAGUGUUCUGGAAGGGCACAUCAGACCACUGGUCAAUUUUCACUGAACUAAUGAAGGUUUUCGUCAGUGAAUUUCCUGGGGUGUUUUUUUUUAACAGAAAGAGAAAUAUUGUUGGUAGGAGGCAGUGGUUAUUUAGGCAGCUGUAAUUAUCAUGUGGGUGUGCAGCUGAGAUGCUAUAGUGGCCAGGUAAAAAUAAUGAUAAUAGCUAGCUCUUUUCAUCAGCUCUUAAAGAGGGAAGCAUCAUUAAUCUCAUUGUACAGAGGGGAAAUCUGAACACAAGAAUGGCCAUGCUGGAUUAAACCUAUGGUCCAUCUAGCCCAGUGUCCUGUCUUCUGACAGUGGCC